UCCGGCUGAUCGUAUGUUGCUGCACCAAGCUAUGGACACCAGGAGGAUCCUACUGGCUUUAGCCAUUUGUGGUUACGUUGCGUGUUCGGAGCUCGCACGAGAAGAUGAAGGCAAUGGACCUGUCGUACCUCCUCCUUACAUAAUCGGGGGCACAGAUGCUACCAGGGAUGCUUGGCCAUGGCAGGUGAUUAUCAAGUACCGUAAUAGGUUUGUGUGUGGCGGGACACUCCUGAACAGCAGAGCUGUACUAACUUCGGCAAACUGUGGUUUUAAUAAGAAAAGGCCCAGCAAAUUCACCGUAAUAGUCGGGACUUACAACAGAAAGAAGAACGAAAGAGAUACUAGGGGCGAAAAGGUGAUGGCAGUGAAGACUGUGAUACCGUAUCCUGGUAAAUAUGACAUAGCGAUCCUUAAGUUCAAAGGGCGUGUGCAGUUCGGCACGCACAUUCAACCGAUACCUGGCCUGGCGGACGUAGACACGGAUCUCGUUAACAGUACCUGCUUUGUCACCGGCUGGGGGUCUUUUAAAGGUAGCAAAAAAACCUCCAAAGUGCUCCAGCAACUUGAAGUACCAGUGGUGACAAACACUCAGUGCCAGGCCGCCAUCGACCCUGCACUCAGCAUGACGGUCACAGACGAUAUGAUUUGUACCUCUUCGGAACCCAAUGGACCUUGUGGCGGUGAUAACGGCGGUCCUCUGCAGUGCUCUGUAAACGGAGUCUGGCUACACGCGGGAACCGUCUCAAUGAAAAAAGGCAAAUGCAACAAUGGACCCUCCCUAUAUAGCAGGACUUCCUUCUUUAGGGAUUGGAUAAUUACUAAUAGGAAGAUAACCAAUUAGUGACGACGUUACAGAAGAAAUAUAAAUGAUAUAUGGAACAUCCAGUUGGACCACAGCCCACAUCGACUACCGCAUAUACUAUUGUAUUUCAACAAAACAUUAUCAAAUAAAGCAAAUUACAAGUUAAUUAUCCUGCAGAUAAAA